CGGACGCGGAGAGCGCGGGACCCACCGGUCCGGUCCGGUUCGUGGCGCGAGAUGGCGCGGGGAGGCGGCAAGGCAGCCAUAGUGCUGUGUAUGGAUGUAGGCUUUGCAAUGAGCAAUUCUGCUCCUGGAGAGGAGUCUCCGUUUGAACAAGCCAAGAAGAUGAUGACCAUGUUUGUGCAGCGACAGGUGUUUGCUGAGAGCAAAGAUGAAGUCUCUGUAGUUUUGUUUGGCACAGAUGGCACGGAGAAUACCCUUGCCAGUGGUGAUCAGUAUCAAAACAUUACUGUACAAAGACACCUGAUGCUACCAGAUUUUGAUUUGCUGGAGGACAUACAAAACGCGAUUCAACCAGGCUCUGAACAAGCAGACUUCCUGGAUGCACUUGUCGUGUGCAUGGACUUGCUUCAAAAGGAAACAAUAGGAAAGAAAUAUGAGAAACGACACAUUGAGGUGUUUACAGACCUUAGCAGUCCCUUCAGUGAGGAUCAGCUAGAAAUCAUCAUCGCUAACUUGAAGAAAACAGGAAUCUCUCUGCAAUUUUUCUUGCCGUUUCCAGUGGAUGAUGAAGAGGGAAGUGGGGAUACAGGUGAUGGUCGACAUUGUGAUAUGUACAGAAACUCUUUUCCAAGGAAAGGCUUAACCGAACAGCAGAAAGAAGGCAUCUGUAUGGUGAGAAAAUUGAUGUUUGCUUUAGAGGAAGAAGGAGGCCUGGAUGAAAUUUACACUUUCAGAGAGAGCCUGGAGCGUCUUUCAAUGUUUAAGAAAAUCGAAAGAAGACCUAUGGCUUGGCCCUGCCAGCUAACUAUAGGUUCUAAUCUGUCUAUAAGGAUUGUGGCAUACAAAUCACUCACGGAAGAGAAGCUGAAAAAGUCCUGGACUGUUGUGGAUGCCAAGACCUUAAAAAAAGAAGAUGUGCAAAAAGAGACUGUCUACUGCUUGAACGAUGAUGAUGAAACAGAAGUUCCGAAAGAUGAUCUUGUUCAAGGGUUCCGCUAUGGGAGCGAUAUAGUUCCUUUCUCUAAAGUAGACGAGGAGCAAAUGAAAUACAAAACCGAAGCAAAGUGUUUUUCUGUAUUAGGAUUCAGCAGAUCAUCUCAGAUCCAGAGGCAUCACUACAUGGGCAACCAGGUUCUGAAGGUCUUUGCAGCGAAAGAUGAUGAGGCUGCAGCAGUUGCACUUUCUGCUCUGAUUCAUGCUUUGGAUGAGUUGGAUGUCGUGGCCAUAGUACGUUAUGCUUAUGACAGAAGAUCUAAUCCUCAGGUUGGCGUAGCCUUUCCAUGUAUCAAGGAUGCAUAUGAGUGUCUGAUAUAUGUGCAGUUACCCUACAUGGAAGACUUACGACAAUACAUGUUUUCCUCUUUGAAAAACAAUAAAAAGUACACUCCUACAGAGGAUCAGUUAUCUGCAGUUGACUUUCUCAUUGAUUCUAUGAGUUUGGUUUAUGAAGAUGAUGAUGGGGAGACAACCGAAGACAUAUUUAAAACCAGCAAAAUACCAAACCCUCAGUUUCAGAGGUUAUAUCAGUGUCUGCAGCAUAAGGCUUUUCAUCCUGACCAGCCAUUGCCACCCAUUGAACAGCACCUUUUAGAAAUGUUGGAGACACCUCAAGAGGUGAGAGAAAGGUGCCAGGCUCCACUUGAAAAAAUAAAGGCACUUUUUCCCCUGAAAGAUGCUGGCAAGAAGAAAGAACAGAAGACUGCUCAAGAUGUCUUCAAAGACAACAAUGAAGAUGGACCCAGUACUAAAAAGGCAAAUGCUGAAAAUGAAGAAGGCAGCUUUAGCAUCGCAAACCUUGCUGAAGGCAAUGUCACCACUGUUGGGAGUAUUAACCCAGCAGAAAACUUCCGUGUUCUAGUGAGGCAAAAGAAUGCUAACUUCAAGGAAGGAUUACCCAUGCAGGCGCCGUAGUGCGGCAACCACGGAGCCCACUCAGAUCUCCGCUGCAGUUUGACCAUUGUAAAUACCUUGCGCAUUAUUCGGCAGUAUGUGCAGUACCUGCAAAACUGAGCAAAGACGCGGCGACAGUGCUAUUACUAUACCGAGGAGGACAUGGACACUGAUGUUCCUAGAAGCAUAGCAAGUGGCGAUUGGGAGAUCAUGGUGGCAUUGGGCCAGGUUCAUGCCAUGGAACGCUGAUUCUGGGCCCAGGAAACAAGCACAGACUGGUGGGACCCUAUAGUGUUGCAGGUUUGGGAUGAUUCCCAGUGGUUGCGAAACUUUGGUAUGCGUAGGGCCACUUUCAUGAAACUUUGUGACAUGCUGUCCCCUGCCCUGAAGUGCAAAGACCCCAACAUGAGAGCAGCCUGCACAGUUGAGAAGCGAGUGGCCGUAGCACUGUGGAAGCUUGCAAUUCCUGACAGCUACCGGUCAGUCAGGAAUCAGUUUGCAGUGGGCAAACCUACUGUAGGGCCUGCUGUGCUGCAAGUAGCCAACGCAGUCAUUGACCAGCUGCUAUCAAGGGUAGUGACAUGGGGAAAUGUGCAGACUAUUGUGGAUGGCUUUAAUGCGCUGGGGUUCCCUAACUGCGGUGGGGUAAUAGACAGAUCGUAUAUCCCUAUCUUGGCCCCGGCACACCGGGGCGACCAGUACGUAAACCGCAAGGGGUACUUUUCCAUGGUGCUGCAAGCACUGGUGGAUCACAAGGAAUGUUUCGCCGACAUCAAUGUGGGAUGACCGGGAAAGGUGCAUGACGCUCACAUCUUCAGGAACUCUGGUCUGUUUGAAAAGCUGCAGAAAGGGACUUACUUCCCAGGCCAAAAAAUUACUGUUGGGGAUGUUGAAAUGCCUGUAGUUUUCCUCGAGGACCCAGCCUACCCUUUAAUGCCAUGGCUCAUUGAAGCCGUACAUAGGCACCCUGGAUAGUAGUUAGGAGCAGUUCAACUAUAGACUGAGCAAGUGCAGAAUGGUGGUAGAAUGUGCUUUUGGACAUUUGAAAGCAUGCUGGCGCAGUUUACUGACUCAGUUAGAUCUCAGCACAACCAGUAUUCCAAUUGUAACUGCAGCUUGUUGUGUGCUCCACAAUAUCUGUGAGAGUAAAGGGGAGAGGUUUAUGGCGGGGUGGGAAGUUGAGGCAACUUGUCUGGUGGCCAAUUUUGCACAGCCAGACAACAGGGCAAUUAAAAGAGUGCAGCAGGGCGCGCUGCGCAUCAGAGAAGCUUUGAAAGCCAGUUUCAUGACUGGCCAGGGUACGGUGUGACAGUUGUGUUUGUGUCUCUUGAAGUUACCCGCACCCUAUAUAUAUGAAAGGAAAUGAA